UAUUUUAUACAAUAUCAGAAGCUCGUGUAAUAGCGAUUGCAAUAUCUGAAUCAAGAUUUGUAAUAAUGUGAAAUAUUUACAAAAUAUGUAAAAUAAGAUCUCAUAUUUUCAUGGUGUUAUGAAACGUGCUUAUUUUUAAUAGGAAUUGAGAAAUUCACAUUCAAUAAAAUUAUGUAUUUACAUAAAAAUCCGCGCCCUACUUAUGACAUUUUAAUUACCGAUUAGAAAAUAUUUUAUGAUACAAUUAAAAUUAAUAAAUACGUAAUACUACCAACCAGAGGCGUAUACAUUACAUUAGUAUUGGGAGGAAUAAUUUACAAACAAUUCAUUAUUUUUAAUUUUUUAUUGUUUAUUUUUUACGUUUCUAACGCCCUCGUACUAAGAACAUUAUUUUACAACAUUUAAAAAAAAAACCUAGGGGGGAUCCGACCCCCAUAUCAUCCCCUCCUUGUAUACACCACUGCUACCAACUACUACUAUACUAAGAUGGAACAAAUUAUCAUUAAUAAUAACAAAAUUAUUCAACUGUUAUUGGUAACUUUUCAUCUUCCGUAGCUGUAAAUACUGUUUUCAACGUGGGAAAAACAAAUUAUUUUUAAAAUUUGAGCACGGUACAAUUAGCAAAAAUAAUAAAAAUAGAACGAAAAUAAUAACACGCAGUGCAACUCACGCAAAUACUGCAUCCUCGACGACUAAUGUUCACGUGCACACGUCAAUCGCUUACUGGAAACCACGCUAUGGUUAUUUAUUUUUAUAGCUGUUGGUGCUGAUCGCUACGGCCAUCCGCAAUAACCAAUCGCAGCUUGGAAACCGUAUCUUCAUACACGACCACGUGAAGAGUAAAAUCGUUGAUUGCGAGGAAUGCAUUUUUUGUAUGGAGUUUUUCAUUAAAAAUUCGCUGACUCGUUCUUUAAAAUUUUACGAUGACUGUUAUUCAAUCGUAUUUAUUAUAAAAGUGUUUAGUCUUUAUCUGUAGCUCUUGAUUAUUCUGUGUACUGCGCAAGCCAAUGUACGAGUUUAAUUCGCGUAGGCGUUGUUAUUCGAGUAUUUUUCGAUAAAGAAUGGCGUUUUAUUUACUGUUGAUUUUCAUUACGUGUGUAUUUGCAGUCGCAUAUUGUGAAGAUUGUGUUUACAAUCUUAAACACAAAGACAAAGAAUUUUUAUUCGAUCUUAUAAGCUUUAAAGAAGUCCAAACAGUGAACUUCACUAAGAAUAACGAUUUACACACAAUAAAUAUAAGAUUAUGUAACAACAGUGAAACAAAGUCAAAAUGUAAUGGAAUGAGAUCAAAAAUAUGUCUAAAAAGUAAAAAUUCCCAAAUCGAUAUAGGAUCAAAAAUUAAAGAAAUGAAAUUUGAUGGAAAGAACCAGCUUAUUAUAAUUUUAGAGGGGACAACAUUUUGUGAAAGAAAUAAAAAACACCAAACAGAUUUAACAUUUAUUUGCAACAAUAGUAUAGUUGAUAGUAAAAUUGUUUAUAAGUCAAGUGAUAAUUGCAAACAUAUUAUUGAAGUUUCUUCUGUAACUGCUUGUCCAGUAGAUGACUUGGAUAUAAGGAAGAGCUGUACUGCAUCAAUUCCCCAUAGCAAUUAUGUCUUUAACUUGAGUCCAUUGAGGCGGAAUUUUACUAGUAACUAUUUGGUUGAAAAUCAAAAUCGUCGUUUUGAGAUUAAUAUUUGUGGCCGUUUAACGAGCAAUAAUAAAUGUGGCGGUAAUAUAACCACAAUAUGUGAUGUGACAGAUGAAAUGAAACCAAAAGUAUAUGCCGUGGGACAUAAAAAUGAUAAACUACUUUUUGAUAAUGAAAGUAAACAUUUAAAAUUAAUACAGCAUGAACUUACUUCACAAAAAAAAGGUAGAAUAAUUGAAAUUAUAUUUAAAUGUAAUGAAAGCAUAACACCAGAAAAAACUACACCAAAAUUUUUGAAUGAAGAAAAUCAUCUAGGUAAAACAAAAAGUUCUAAUGUUGCAUAUUUUGAAGUAGCCACAUCAACAGUUUGCAUACCAAGAUUAACUUCUUGUGAAAUUUUCAAUGGUAAUGAUCAUUAUAAUUUAAAACCUUUGCAUAAGCGGGUAGGAAAUUGGCUGGUAAUGAAUUAUGAAACUGGUGGAAAAUUUUACCUGAAUGUUUGUGAUUAUUUAAAUCAAUAUGAUGAAGAAAUUCCUGAGUUAUGUUCAGUUGAUCGUAAAACUUCAGCUUGUUAUGUGAAUAGUUCUGGUGUAGGCAUUUCUAUAGGGUCUUCUCAAAUUGGUCCACAUUUUGUAGGAAAUUCAUUAAUAUUAAAUUACACCAAUGGAGAGAACUGUAAAAAUUCUUUAAAAUGGUCGACAGUAAUAUAUUUUACUUGUUCUAAUAAAUCAGAACUGAUACAUGUUUUAACAGAUUUUAAUACAUGUGUAUACAAAUUUCAAUGGAAAAGCCGUGAUGCUUGUAAAUCAUUGUUUGAAAGAAAAAAUUAUUGUAUGGUUACACACCCACGAUAUUCUAAUACUGUUUAUAACUUUAAUGAUUUAAAAGAUAAGGAUUUUGAAGUUAAUGAUGAAAAUUAUGGGAAAUUUCGAUUUAGUAUUUGUAGUCCAUUGACAAAGCCCUGUAAUGGUAUUUUUGAAUCAGCAGCUUGCUUUUCAAUCAAUGGAAUUGAAACAAAUAUAGGACUUUUUACGGAAGAAAUAGUUUUUGAUAAUGGUAAAAUUUAUAUGUCUAUGCAUGGAGAAAAAUGUGAGGAUGAUGGACCAAACAGUUAUACUGUUAUAAGAUUUGUGUGUGAUUAUUCUAACACCAAAAUAAUUAAAAUGAUGAAAGAUUUACAAGAGUGUUUUUUUGAGUUUUUUGUAUUUACAAAAUAUGCUUGUACUCAAAGUCUAAAAAUUAAUUGUACUGUAGAUGAUCAGUUGGGAAAUAUUUAUGAUUUAAGUAAACUAACCAAAUUAAAUAGUAAUUAUGAAAUUACUAUCAAUCCAAUGAAAACAAUUAUUUUAAAUGUUUGUCAUUCUGUUAUUAACAAUGACAUAAAUGGCACUAAUUGUCAACUCAAUAGUGGAGUAUGUUUAGUAGACAAAAAUUAUUUAUCGACUUAUCAUUGGUAUAAAAAUAUUGGUGAUGUAUAUGAAAAUCCUCGUAAAAAGGGAAAUAAAAUACUAUUAGAAAUGAAAAAUGGUUUUUAUAAUGCUCAUAAUGUUUCAUCAGUUAUUGAAUUUAUAUGUCAAAAUCAAAAUAAUAAUGGAUAUCCAGUGUUUGUGAAUGAAAUAAACAAUAGAUUUAUAUUUAAAUGGCAUACACCAUUAGUGUGUCCUGAUAGAAAACAAAAUAAAAAAAGAGAAACUCUGGAAGAUAAACUUGAUCUUGAUAAUUUUAAUAACACUGUUGGAAUCCACCCUCAAUUGGAAAUACUUACUGAAUUGAAAUGUGGUGUCAGUUUUAUUGAUUUAACACCAUUAAAAGGAAAUUAUAUAGUUAUCAAUAAGGAAACAAAUACUAAGUAUUAUAUUAACAUGUGUAUGCCUACUACUAAAGACAAUAUUAGAGGAAUAAUGGAAUUUAAUGGUAAAAAUUAUAGUAUUGGUAGUCAAGGAAUGCUAAAAAUUGAGAAGGAAGGUAAGGUUAAUGUACACUUAAUGAUAGGUGACAAAUGUCCAGAAAAAUCAAGACUACCGAUGGAAUGGUCAACUAAAAUUAUAUUAAUAUGUAGUAAUAUUGAAGCAAAUCCAAUAUUUAUGAAAACAAGGAAAAAAUGUGCAUUAGAAUUUUUAUGGGAAACUAGUCAUGUUUGCAACAAAAUAAUAUUAGAAUUUAAUGAGUGUAAUCGUGAAGCAUAUAUUAUAGGUUACAGAAAAGACAUAGAAAACAGUAAAACUAUAAAUAUGAAAAAUAUAUUAAAUACUACUAAAUUUUUUGAUAACUUAACACAAACAUGGUUUGAUGUAAAUUUUUGUAAUGCAACUGUUAAGUUAAAUAAUUUAACUUCACUUAGUCUUAUGAAUUUGUUAUAUGAUGUUAAAAAUAAUCAGAUAAGUGCUUAUUUUAAAGAUAGUAAAUCAAGAUUUUCAGGUGUGAACAUUAUAAUAGAAUGCUUCAGAAACAUGGAAGAUUUAUCCAUACCUAAAGUUGAAAUAACUAGUGACGGAUUAAAAAUCAAUAUGUAUUCUAAAGGUUUGUGUUGUAUGGACAAUAAUUUUACAAAUGCAGAAACAUGUAAAAAUAUUCCAUUAGCAAACAUUUUAACUACAAAAAUGUUAUCUAAUAAUACCAAAAAAAAUGAAUUGUCUAUUAAUCUUCAAAAUUAUGAUUAUAAAUCAAGUGAUACUUCAGAAGAAUCAAUUGUUUUAACUAAAGAAAAUAUUGAAGAAUCUGACUUAAAUUAUGAAAAUAAUAAUGAGUUUUUUUCACAAUAUUAUGGAACAACUGAACUGAUAGAUAAUUUCAAGAAUCAGUCAUCUGUGAAAAAAGAAAACUCUGAUUCUUCAUUAUACUUAGAAGUGUUGCUAAUGGCUUUAUUGUUUAUAUCACUGAUGUGGUUUUACCGAUGGAAGUUACUAAAAGAAAUUCGAAAACUCUGGUACAUUUUACCAUCAGUUAGAAGAAGAAGUGGAAAUUAUAAUCGUAAUUUUAUGGAAAUUAAUUAAUAAAAGCUUACCUAAUGUUUUAUUGGUAAUAAGUUAUAGUAUUUUCUAUACAUUUAUUACCUACUACAGUAUUAGUCUGAAUAAAAUGUAUAUAAAUAAUUAAA